AUGCCGAUCCCAAAUCCCAAUCCCGAAUCCUCUACUACACGGCCAGACUCAAACCAGAGCAUGCCAGACCAAGAGGGCACAAGCCUGGUUGAGAGGAUCCCAGAACUCGAGACAGACAUAGUAAGCGGUGGUGAUCUUGUACUUAUCGUCGGAGCGGACAGAAUUCGGAUCAGAAUUACAGAACAGGCUGCCCGCGUGUGUUCAGAUAUUCUUGCUGGCAUGCUUGAUCAACAAAAUAUCACUAACGCUGACAAUACGGGUCGGGUUCGUGAGCUCGAGCUUCCGAACGACAAUCCUACCACGGUGCGGAACGCGUUUGGCAGCAUCUAUCCUGGCAAUCCUCAUACGGACGAUCUGUGGCCAGCAGAGAUCUACGAUGUGGUCGUGUUUGCCAGAGAGUAUAAGAUGAUUCCCGAAUUCAAGAAGGUUGCUCCAAACUGGUUCCGCACAAGAUCUUGCGGCCGCCGCUUUUAUCCUGUGCAUACGUUCUUUGGUCUGGAAGAAUGUUGGUACCUAAUGAUGGCAGCGCAUUACAUGCGUCUCGGUGAUCAUUAUGCUCCCGCUUAUCUCCGUCUUGAAUUCUCCAAACUGAGCGAGCGACUGGUGAAGGAUGAAAACCCAUAUCACAACGCCCGCUUGGUAGAACCGGGGCCAGAUGCUCACGAGAUUGAAGUCGAUAUCUACCGCGGAAGUAUGCAACAGAAAUGGAACAGCAUCGUCAGUCUCGCUGCAUGGGAGGCGCUGGAUCAUGCAUCGGACUAG